UCCAGAUGCAUAUCCUAUAAUCCACAUGGGAUGCUGUGGUGCAGCAAAAAUGGCGGUUUCUUCUCCACUCACUCAACUGACUACUCCACUUCCCUUCCACCAUCACCAAUCUCACCUCCACCUCCACCUCCCGAAAGCUUUCCCCUCCGCGGCCGCCUCCUCACACCCCGACCACAAUCAUGACCCCCCAGACCUCACUAUCCGCAAACACAACUCCAAAUCCACCGCCCUCCUCCUCCAACGCCUCUCCCACUUUCCCAACCCUAACCCUAACUCUCACCAUCCCUCUCCUCCUCCCCCUCCCGACGACAAAUCCAAGCUCCUGGAACGCUCCCUCCUCCGCAAACGUACUCCUCAGUUCCCUGGCUCCAUCUCCCUCGACUCAUCCUCCCACGAUUCCUUUUGUGACGACGACGACGAGCACCGGAUGAUAAUGCGGGCUCUGGAGAUUCGCCGGAAGGUCACGGCAGAGAUUUUAAAGGAGGUUAUGAGGACCAAGGGCAAAUUUGGAAUCACAUAUGCCACCAAUCUGACCGAGACCUUGACCGACUUCCUUGACUACGUCAUGGUCGAAGCAGCAGCCAUGAAACGCUCGCCGGAGUUCUCAGAUUCCACCUUCAAUUUUCGCGCCAAAAUUGUCAUUGAAGACUCCGAAGUUGUGCCCUGCAUUAGGUGGUUGAAGCAUAACUCACUUUCAUAUCCCCAAAUUGGGAAGCUCAUAUGCUUGUCAAAGGGAGACAUUGGCUCGAUUAGACGUCUUGCGGUGUGGUUGAAGUCCAUUCAUGUUAAGGGGAGGUUUAUUGGGGUUGCGCUUGUGAAAGCUGGAGAUCAUUUUCUGGAGCGCAGCAAUGAAGAGUUGGAUGAGAUUGUUGAGUAUUUGGAGAGCAAUGGAGUUAAGAGGGAUUGGAUGGGUUGUGUCAUGAGCCGAUGCCCGCAACUCUUGUCCUACAGUUUAGAAGAAGUGAAAGCUCGUGCGGGGUUUUACUUUGAAAUGGGUAUCAAUGAAAAGGAUUUUGGCACAAUGGUCUUUGAUUUUCCCAGGGUACUUGGCUACUAUACUCUUGUUGAGAUGAACCAAAAGGUUAACUAUUUGAAGGAGUUUGGUCUUAGUACUGAGGACGUUGGCAAAUUGCUAGCAUUUAGGCCACACCUGAUGGGUUGUAGCAUUGAGGAAAGAUGGAAGCCUCUAGUUAAGUAUUUGUAUUACCAUGGCAUAACCCGUGAUGGUAUGAGGAGAAUGCUUACCAUUAAACCAAUAAUUUUCUGUGUUGAUUAUGGGAAAACCAUUGUGCCAAAGGUAAAGUUUUUUCAGGACAUAGGCAUUCGAGAUGAUGCCAUAGGCAAAAUGCUUGUUAAGUUUCCUCCCUUGCUAACAUACAGCCUCUACAAGAAAAUUCGGCCAGUGGUCAUAUUCUUGAUGACCAAAGCUGGAGUUAGUGAGAGAGAUAUUGGAAAGGUUAUAGCUUUGGGACCAGAGCUCUUAGGAUGCAACAUUGUGAAAAAGCUCGAGGUUAAUGUGAAAUAUUUUCGAUCACUUGGCAUACAUCAUGGAGUUUUAGGUGAGAUGAUUGCUGAUUUUCCCAUGCUGCUGCGAUACAAUAUAGAUGUUCUCCGUCCAAAGUACCGUUACUUGAGGAGAACUAUGGUUCGCCCUAUGAAAGCCCUCAUUGAGUUUCCAAGGUUUUUCAGUUACUCCCUCGAGGGCCGAAUUAUUCCGAGGCACAAGGUUCUGACAGAGAAUUGUAUUAAUUUAAAACUACGCUACAUGCUGGCCUGCACGGAUGAAGAUUUUGAGAAGAGGGUCAAGACUAUAGUUGUAAGGCGCCAAGGAUUUGAAUCUGGUGUCUUGAGUGAAGAUGUGUAUAAUUCCGAAAUGAGUGAUGAUGAAGACUCGCCUGUGGGGGGAACUAUCCCUGAUGACGGUGAGAGUGAGGCAGGAUUAACUAUGUUCGAUGACGGUGAAAGUGAGACAGAAUCAAAUAUGCUUGAUGACAGUGACAGUGACGCAGAACUGUAAUUUCUACGAUAUCUCUACUUGUCAUAGUAGGCAAACCACACCUAUACGCUGUGGUUCGAGUUCCAUCCCCACCUAUUUCUCUCCCUCUAACAACAAACUAUUAACACCACCGUUUGUCCAAAAAAAAAAAAAAAAAAAAAAAAUAAUAAUAAAAAUGGCAGGCGUAUCACGCUAAAAUAUUGCUGACGUAAGGGUCAAGCUAUCAGAAGAGGAGGAAAUCCAUGGUAGCCUGAAAUUGGAGUUCAUAGAUUUUUUACACUUGUAAAUGUAUUCGUUGUAUGUACAGGGUCCUUUUUACCCUCUUUUGUUUAAUGCAUUUGAUAAUCUUGAAUUAAA